AAUAAAUUCAUUUAAAUCGCACGUCAAAAGUGUUAUAAAUCAUGGGAGAUACAGAACAACCUCCACCACCCGCUCCAGAACUUGUAGAUCCAUUACAAAAAUUAAGAGAGAAAUGUCGUAAAAACCACCAAGACUUGGUAGACAAGUUGGAUCAGUGUACAGAACGGGUUUCGUGUAGAGAACAAACGACGGAAACGUGUACGGAAGAGCUGUUUGACUUGCUGUCGGCGGUGGAUAAAUGCGUGGCCAAAGACCUUUUCAAGAAGCUGCAAUGACCGCAAUGGACAUGACACAAAGUGUUCGUUACAAUUUAAAAUGUAAACGCGCGCGUGCAUUAAUCCUCACCAAUUCCGCAAUUGAACGAAUAAAACCACCAAUUAAAGCGUUCCUCUUCUGGCAGCGCCGCUUCAACUUAACCCUUAAUUGUAAAUUGCCCUCUUCGCUUAAUUUCAUUAACU